UUCGUUUUAUAUUUCCCCAAACGUAGAGAGAACAUAUCCUAUAGGCCUGAUCUCUCUCCAAGCACUCUCCCCUAAACAAACCCACCACCGCCACCGCACACGGUCGCCGGAGAAUGACGGAAAAGUGCGGCCACCACAAGAGCAAGAGGAAGAGGCUGCUGAAGAAGAUACUGGCCGGGGUGCUGAUAUUCCUGUUCAUCGUGCUGGUCGUGUUCCUGCUGGUAUGGGCCAUCCUGCAGCCGAAGAAGCCGCGCUUCAUCCUCCAGGACGCCACCAUCUACGGCUUCAACGUUUCCGCCCCGAACCUCCUAAGCUCCACCAUCCAGGUCACCAUCUCCUCCCGCAACCCUAACAGCAACAUCGGCAUCUUCUACGACAAGCUCGACGUCUUCGCCACCUACCACAACCAGCAGAUCACCUAUUACACCGGCAUUCCCCCCACCUAUCAGGGGCACAAGGAAGUCAACGUCUGGUCGCCAUUCAUCAGCGGCGUGAACGUGCCGGUGGCGCCAUACAACGGCGUGGCGCUCAGCCAGGACCAGGCCGACGGGGCGGUGAUGCUACUCAUCAUGGUCUACGGACGGAUCCGAUGGAAAACCGGCACCUUAAUAACGGGGAAAUACCACCUCCAUGUCACGUGUCCGGCGAUGAUCACCUUCGGGAGCCAGAGCACCGGCAUCGUCGUCGGCAACGCCGUCAAGUACCAGCUGGUGCAGCGUUGCAGUGUCAACGUGUGAUUGAUGAUCGGGCAGUUAUAUGAUUUAAUUGAUGUCGCCCAAAAAAGUAUCUCUUUUCUUUAUAAAUCAAACGCCCUUAUAUAUAUAGUUUGGAUGAUUUUCUAGCUA